AUGCUUCAUAAGUCCGGUGAUCAUUACCGAUUCUGGUCUCGUCAUGCACGUGAAUGGACCGCUAGUUAUGGCUCAAUCGGAGAUUGGCUUUCAGCGACAGAUGACAUCAACGCGGGAGUCGGUACUCUUACUCCUCGGCUACAUGCUGGCUUCGCUAGCCACGUGGUAGACUGCAUCUUGGAUGGCGAAAUGAUGGCGUACAACAGCUUGACAGAUCGACUUGAGCCUAAGACAUUUGGAUUUGAUGUAAAACGGAGAUGCAGACUGACCGCAGCUUCACUUGUAGGUCGUGGGUGUCAGAAUGGUUGUGACGAUAAUAUCAUCAAGAAGGAUGGCGAUUGUGUACCUGAGAAAGGCACCUCAUCGGUUUUGAAUCUUCCUUCAUUAUAUAAUGAUAAUGAUCAGGAGCCCUCGCAACUUAUGCCCUGCUUUGUUGCCUUUGAUAUCCUCUAUCUAAAUGGCGAGGUAAAUUUCUCUUAUCGCUUAAAUUGCCUUUAUUAUUUAAAUUUAGAACCAAUUUUAAAACGAUAA